AUGACGACCCCUCCUCCGCUCAGGCGCCCGGGAGGUGCUCGGCCGAACCCCUCCACGUCGAGGAUCAUCCCUCCGCAGAUUCAUAUCCCCGAGGGCAACGUCCCCGGAUCCAAUGUCGACCAGAACGGCGAGAACGGCUGGCAACAUCCUCCCGAUGGUCUACCACCCAUCUCGGGCUUGCCUUCGCUCGCGUACAAACCCAUGGCUCGCUCCUCCCCUGGUCCGUCCACUCGCCCAAAGCUAUCCUUAUCGGGCUUCUCCACUCCUUCUGCGGGAUUGAGUCCUCUCCUCAUACCUGCUACCGCACCGGCACCUCCUCCCCUGCCCGCUCCCCUCGCCCUGAACCGGCCCGGACUUCUCAAUGCCCCGUCCGCAUCACUCACAUCUCGAAACCGCGCUUCCCCCUCUCUACGCCUCGCCAUCCCCUCCCUCGCACCUGGUCCCAGCCCCGGUGCUCCUGCUGGCUCCGCGUACCCCUCUGGCUCGGGAUCAGCCGGGGCGGAUGGGGAUGAGUACGGUCUCAAUACCCCGACGGCCACGUCCGCGUACUCUGGCUUUGGCUCGGAAGAUCGGAACCCAACCCUCGUGCCCCGGAACAAGGACUAUGACGGGGAUGAGGAGAGCUCAUAUGGGUGCGGUCGGCUGAACAACGGGCUGGGAACGCAGGGCGGCGGGGACGCUAUGAGCAGCAUGACGGCGGACAUCCGUCAGGCGCUCAGUCGAUCCCGCUUCGAUAGCUUCAAUUCGGCGACGAGUAGCCGGGCGGGAAUCCUGAACGGGGACCGGCGGGGGAGUAUCGAUGUGGACAGUAUCGGAAGGGGGUCGGGACGGUCUACACCUGUACGGAGGAGUAUGGAGGACGAUCGCCCGGAGCUCAGUCCGGUAUUCGAUCCGAGCAAGCUCGUCGUGGUGCGGAGACUAGGAGAGGGGAGUGGCGGUGCGGUCGAGUUGGUCAGGGAUCCAGGAACGGGGAGAUUACUAGCCAAGAAGGUGAUAGCCCGCACAGCCAAUCCAGCUAUGCACCGGCAACUCCUACGCGAGCUGGAAUUCCUCGAUGCGUGCUCCUCGCCUUAUAUCGUGGAUCACUACGGCUCGUUCUUGGCGGACCACGACUCCCAGGUCGGGAUCCUGAUGGAGUACUGCGAGGGCGGGAGUCUGGAUAGUCUGUUACGGAGGAUGAAGGAGACGGGGAUGCGGUGUUCGGAGCAUGUACUGGGGAGGAUCGCUUCUUCUGUCCUAAGAGGUCUGGACUACCUGCAUGAACGCCGGAUCAUACAUCGCGAUAUCAAGCCGUCAAAUAUACUCGUUACCAAGUCGGGGCAGUGCAAGCUGUGCGAUUUUGGAGUAUCGGGCGAAUUGAUAGACUCGGUCGCGGGGACGUUUACGGGGACCUCGUACUAUAUGGCUCCUGAACGGAUACAGGGCAAACCAUACUCGAUCCGCGCAGACGUCUGGUCCCUCGGUCUCACGCUACACGAAAUUGCGCACCUCCGCUUUCCCUUCCCACCAGAGGGUGAGAGCGAGUAUGUCGCGCCUAUCGAGCUGCUCAGCUAUAUCGUGACGGCGCUGGUACCUGUCAUGAUUGAUGAUGAGAGUAUCGGGAGGGUAUGGAGCGAGGGUAUCAAGAGCUUCAUGGGGCUUUGUCUGAUAAGGAGCGGGACAGAACGACCAUCACCUCGAGAAUUGCUGUCGCACCCAUUCAUCCUCACGAGCGAGGCGAAAAAGGUGAAUAUGGCAAAAUGGGUCGCAGCCCUAUUGGAUGCCUAG